AUGGCGUCUUCACUCGAUCGCGAGAUUGCUGACUUGAUCAAGUCGCUUGACGAAGACGCAAAAGUUACUGUUCCUAGACUCCGUCAGUCCCUUCAAAGCUCAAAAAACAUUCUAUUGCGUUGCGUAGGCUCCAGAUCGAGCCCCGCACUUGUGCGUAUCGCUCUGACGGAGGUGCAAGCCUUGUCUCACUGGUUAGGCGACAUCAGGGCACUGCAGUCAUCUUCAUCCAUUGCCCAGGGUUCCAGCGCAACGUCAUGGAAAUACGGCGACCAUCACGACGAGCUUCUUUGCAUAUGGGGGCUUGAACUGUACGAAGGCGCUGUAGGAGUUGCCGCCAUCUUGGAUGUACCUGUGCAAGCUAUCGGAUGGAAGACGGUAUUUCGGUUGCCUUCCACCCAAUCGGCUUAUAGGCAGGACAAAGAUAAGAAAGACUCUCAUACAAGCAAUGUGGACAUUACCGAUAUCGAGGCCGAUGAUGGGUCCGUGGAUGUUUCCCAUCACAACGGUACCUUAGGUCGAUUUGAGCCUCUGUACGGCCAAUGGUAUUGUUGA